CACAAUCCCUCCAACAACCGCGCCUUCCUCUCUUUCUUUCCUUCUUUCUUCUACAAGACUCUCUCUCUCUCUCUCUCUCUUCUUAUCUUCUUCUUUACUAAAACUCCAACCCUUCAAAGCCCUUUCAUCUCUUUCUCUGAACAUGGCUUUCGAUGGCUUUGUCUCCGACCACACCAAAAACAUGCAAACCCUUGCUCUAAACGGAACCGCUGCAUCGGCUUCUGCCUCAGCUGCUGCCGACGUCGACCACUGGGAAAGAGCCAAACACAAGGCCGAGAUAAUGGGACAUCCCAUGUACGACCAGCUGUUGGAAGCACACGUCGCUUGUCUGCGUGUUGCUACGCCUGUUGACCAGCUCGCUAAGAUCGACGCUCAGUUGGCUAGGUCCCAGGAAGUCUUGGCUAAGUACUCAGCUACCGCUGCUACUGCUUCUGACGAUGAACUCGAUCACUUCAUGACAAAUUAUGUUCUAUUGCUUGGUUUCUUUAAAGACCAAUUGCAACAACAUGUCCGUGUUCAUGCAAUGGAAGCAGUUAUGGCUUGUUGGGAUCUUGAGCAAUCACUUCAAAGUUUAACAGGUGUAUCUCCAGGUGAAGGCACUGGUGCAACCAUGUCUGAUGAUGAAGAUGAAGUGGUAGAUAGUGAUACAAGCUUGUUUGAUGGAAGUUUGGAUGGGAUUGACAGCAUGGGAUUUGGUCCUCUCAUUCCAUCUGAAACUGAGAGGUCCUUGAUGGAGCGUGUUAGGCAAGAACUGAAGCAUGAGCUGAAGCAGGGUUACAAGGAGAAAAUUGUGGUCGUUAGAGAGGAAAUUCUGCGUAAGAGAAGGGCUGGAAAGCUACCAGGUGACACCACCUCCCUCUUAAAAGCUUGGUGGCAGUCACAUUCUAAAUGGCCUUACCCAACAGAGGAAGACAAAGCAAGAUUAGUGCAGGAAACCGGAUUGCAGUUAAAGCAGAUUAACAAUUGGUUUAUAAACCAGAGAAAAAGGAAUUGGCAGAGUAACCCAUCUACUUCUCUGAAAAGCAAACGUAAGAGGUAGGCUGCUUAUGAAUGUGUUUCUCAAUCAAAAUGAGCUUUUCUCAAGAAUCAUUCGCCAAAUUUAAUUUGGAAAAAGAAGUAAUGCAGGUAAAACCAGCAAUGAACACUUAAUGUAAAUUAAAAGCUAUAGAAAACUACUUGUUUCGCUUUCUGCCUAUACUGGUGGAAAUUCAGCUUCGAGCAUGCAUUAUAGGCCAUUGCAAUGGAAAGUCUGGGUACAAGACAACUUCCGUUGAGUGCUUUAUUUUGUUAACGUGGUUAGCUAUCAUCAAUAACAAGUUUUGUGGUUCAGCUUUACAAAUGGGUUGGCAUCAGCACCAAUCAGUUUUAGUCAAUAGGUAAUCCGCCGAUAGGUAAUGAUAUCUGUGUAACUAUGUUGUUUUAGAUUCUUGAAAUUUAGAGCCUACAAGACUGUAAGAAAAGUCCUCUACAUAGAAUUAAUGUAUCAUAGGUAGCUGUAAAUUUUCAGCUCAUGCUUUUAUAUCUGUGGACAAGAAUGGCUUUAAGUCAUGGGUUUAUAAUGUAAUUAUCAACUUGUUCAUACUAUAUGUAAUGUUUUACCUGUGAAUUGAUUGAAGGUUAAUGCUUGCAAUAAUAUGUAGACAGAGACAUGGGGUUUGAGGUA